AUGCCGGCACAACAUGAACGAGCCGUCCCGCCACCGCGAGAUGGUGAUGAUGCUUAUCCUUACAAACAGCUCACGGUCUUGGCAUUAUGUCGGCUGGCAGAGCCCAUUGCCUUCUGCUCAAUCACGGCCUACACGUUCGUGAUGGUCGAGGACAUCAAAGGCGAGGAAGAUGCAUCCUUCUACGCCGGUCUUCUGGUUUCAGCCUUCGCCAUGGCUGAAGCCUGCACCGCGAUGAUUUGGGGCAGAAUCUCAGAUCGUUAUGGCAGGAAGCCAAUAGUACUCUUUGGCCUCGUGGGAGUCGCUCUUUCGAGCUUGAUCUUCGGCUUCGCCAAGAGAUAUUGGGUGGCCUUGCUGGCGAGGGUAGUCGGUGGACUCCUGAACGGUAACGUUGCUGUUAUGCAGACCAUGGUGGCUGAGAUGGUGAAGAGGCCGGAGCACGAGCCAUCCGCAUAUGCAGUGCAGCCCUUCGUCUGGAGUCUGGGCUCAAUCGCCGGUUCAGCACUGGGAGGUUUCCUGGCACAACCUGCGCGCUUCUACCCUGACGUGUUCUCCCCAGAGGGCAUCUUCGGCCAAUACCCCUACUUGCUGCCGAAUCUGGUCUCGGUGGUCGUCAUCGUCAUCGCCAUCAUCCAAGGCGUCAUAUUCCUUGAAGAGACGAAUCCGAGGUCACCUGCCCCAAGCCGAGUCCCAAGCUUUGCGCACAUCCCACCGAGCGGUGUCGACGUUGCUAAUGAGACGACGUCUUUGCUGCCACCAAGGCGGCGAAGGGCAUCGGCAGUCAGUGCCUUUUCAAACGCCCCCGGUGGAGUGACUUACGUGGCGGAAUCAAUGCCCUUGCCCGUUGACCCGGCGUUCGAUCUCCGGCGCGGCUCGUUGGCUUCUCUCGGCUCGCUUCGGCUUCAUCACAAGUCAAGCACGGUGGCGCGGCCUGCCCUCCCCCGCGUUGAGACAGGGGUUGAAACUGGAUUCGACUCCGCGGUGGUUGAGGAUGACAUGACUGAGCACACCAUCAAGCCCGAAAAGAUCAAAGCCUUCAACAAGGGCGUCAUCAUGUGGACCAUCGCGCUGAUAUUUCAAUCCUACCAUUCCAUGGGGUUCUAUUCACUGCUGCCCAUUUAUCUCCUCGACGACGCACGGCGAGGCUCGCGCGAGCUUGAUUUAAAAGGCGGCCUCGGCAUGACCUUGCACGAUGUCGGAGCCUAUCUCGCCACCGGCAGCCUUAUGUCGCUGUUUUUCCAAGGCGUGGUCUUCACCUUCUUCGUCGCGAGAUUGGGCGUCUGGAAGGCUGUGCUGUCAGUCACAAUCCUGAGCCCCUUCAUCUACCUCAUUGUGCCGUUUCUCUCCCUGUUGCCCAACCCGGGGGCUGGCGUCUACGGCAUCCUCGCCUUGACGAGUUUCACCGGUGUGGUUUCAUUCCCAGCAUUCUUGAUCCUGCUGAAGAACGCGACUCCCUCGCCAUCGGUGUUGGGCGAAGUGAACGGGCUCGCAAUGUCAGCCUGCUCAGCCGCCCGGACAGUGGCGCCACCGCUCGUUGGCAUCUUCUACAGCAGCUUUGGCUCGGCAGGCGCGUGGUGGAGCUGCGCAGUCGUGGCCAUGGCGGCCAUCUUUCAGUUCCUGCUGGCCCCGAGGCCGAAGGACGACGAGGAGGAAAUCUUGCGGAAGGCCGAGACGCCGGCGGUGGACCUCCCGCCGACGGCUGAGGCACAUGUACAAUAA